AUUCGGCAAAAUGGCUGCCACCGUAGCUGCAGCGAUGGUGGGCCGAGGGCUGCGGUCGGCUCCCUGUUCCGGGCAGCCUCCAGGGUCGCGCGCCGGAGGGAGGCUGCUGAGCCCGGUGAUGUGUGGAGGCGGCGCGCCGGCAGUCGCGGCCGCAUCCAGCUUGCCGGGCCGCGCAGAAGAGGAGCGCUACUGCAUGGAGCUGGUGCGGAAACGUGACUAUGAAGGCUUCCUCUGUUCGUUACUACUGCCAGCAGAAUCGCGCUCUUCUGUUUUUGCCCUGAGAGCUUUCAAUGUAGAACUGGCUCAGAUUAAAGAUGCAGUAACUCAGAAGACUAUUGGGUUGAUGCGAAUAGAGUUUUGGAGGAAAGCUGUAGAAGACAUAUAUCGUGACCAUGCACCACAACAACCUGUUGCAAAAGAAUUAUGGAAGGCUAUUAAGAGGCAACACUUGACGAAAAAAUGGCUCAUGAACAUUAUUAAUGAACGGGAAAAAAAUUUAGACGAUAGAGCAUAUCGGAAUAUCAACGAACUGGAGACAUAUGCGGAAAACACACAAAGUUCACUUCUUUAUCUCACACUGGAAACACUUGGUGUGAAGGACAUCCACUCGGACCAUGCUGCCAGUCACAUUGGGAAGGCACAAGGCAUUGUAACCUGCUUAAGAGCAACUCCAUACCAUGCUAGCAAAGGAAAGGUGUUUCUGCCUAUGGACAUAUGUAUGCUGCACAAUGUUUCGCAAGAGGAUUUCAUAAGACAUAAACAGGAGCAAAAAGUGAAAGAUGUAAUAUAUGACCUUGCCAGUCAGGCUCAUGUUCAUCUGGAACAUGCUCGGUCCUUCAGAAAGAAUGUUCCCCGCAAAGCCUUUCCUGCUUUUCUUUAUACAGUUGCUCUUGAAGAUUAUUUAAAUAAAAUACAGAAAGUUGAUUUCAACAUAUACCAUCCAAGCUUGCACAGGAAGAAUCCUUUACUACCUCUGCAGUUGUAUAUUAGGUCCUGGAAGAAAGCAUAUUAAAGAGUUUUUAAUCUGUGA